CCAUUACUAAUUAUAUCCCUUAUUUAUACACUCUGUUAUUUACCGUAUUGUAUACUAUAUUUUUCACAAUUUUUAUUCUCUCCUGGUUAUACUCUAAGUGUUUGUUCUGUUAUCGCAUUUAAUAUUCGUUAUGUUAGUCAUUCAACUAAUUUUUAUGCCUAUAUGUUUACAUGUCUUCGAUUUCGUCGUGAUAUCAAAUCAUUAUUUCGAAUGUUAAUUUGUGUGAGUAUAAAAAGAACCUAUCAACGUCAAAAAGUUGAUAAUUAUGUUUUAACACCACAACCACAACGAGUAAUGACGAAACGUCAAAGAACUGUUGUUCUCGGAGAAUAUCAUAGUCAUCCAUUUUCACUUCCUUUAAGAAAAAUUAAUUUUGCAUCAAAACGUCGUAUAGCAACAAAUCGUUUGAGAAAUGAUGAACGACAAGCAUUACAAUUAAUUCCAUCGCAAAUAAAUCGCAUGGGUCCUAUUACAAAUAGUAGUAGUAGUGGUGGCAAGAAAAACAGUUUUGAAUAUCAAUUACAUAAUCUUGACAACAAUUGUAAGCAUCGUUCAACAAAUCAUCAUCAACAUGUCUGUUUCGAUGACACACCAAGAUUAACUUUACCACCAUCGACUUCAUUAGAUAAUUUUUUGAAAGCAUUAUGA